AGGAAGGCACCCGUGUGGCUCAUAAAUAGCUGGGUCUGAGACCGCUGCUGUCCCGACCGCCUGUGAACCCUCUGGAGAAGGGCAGCGCUCCGGCUCACCUUGAAGCAGCAGCAUGGCUACCUACGUGAAGAGCAGGAUCAGGGACGACAAAGUGACCAUUUUUAAGAAGAACGGCUGCCCUUACUCCAGGAACGCCUUGGAGUUGCUGAAAUAUGUCUGCGCGCCUGAAUGCCUGCAAGAGUUUGAUAUUACUGGGUUGGAGGAUGUCCAGGAUUACUUACAGCAAACAACAAGGCAAAGAACCGUCCCUUGCGUGUUCAUCGGGAAACAAUGCAUCGGAGGGCUGUCCGAGCUGGAGAGGAUGAGCUGUAAGCUCCCUGCGAUGCUGCAGCGGAUCGGUGCUCGGAAGUAGCUGCGGGCGGUGACCUCUACCCAUUAUGCCUGCUGUUUCUGCUUUCGGGAGAGAGAUGACCACGAGCCAUGGCCGCCUCCUUUCGACAUACAUGCUUCUUGGACGUUCAAGGAAAUUCUUCUUUGCCACUUCCUUCUGUGGGAUCAAAUGCACCUUUUCUGCAAAUGCAGGUUUUUUUCCUUUCAUUGAUCAGUGCUUCAGUACGUCAAUAUCUCUUCAUGCUUUCUGUAGCUGUGGAAAGAGGUCCAGAGCAUGACCUGAUCAGCCCAAUAAAAUACACUUGCUCUAA